UCAGUUUACGGCGGAAGCUGAAAAGCACUGCAUCCCCUCCCGAAAUAUAAUCUUGGAGCGGCCUGUGCUGAAGCCGCCGCGAUGGUAUUGCUGUGGUGCGUUGCCUGCGUCGCGCUUACAGUCUUGGCUCUCGCGACGCUUGUGAAGAUAUACAGCCUGGUCACAGUGGGCAAGUGCAGAUCAACGCGGGACAUGUCGGGAAAGACGGUGAUCAUCACUGGAGCUAACAGGGGAAUCGGCAAGGAGACAGCCCGUGAGCUUUGCCGGCUCAACGCACGGGUCAUCCUGGCAUGCAGGGACGUGCACAAGGCAGGCGUGACGGCUGACGAGAUCUCGCGUGACACCGGCGUGCGACCCGAGUGCAUGAGUCUCGACCUGUGCUCCUUCCACUCCAUCAGGCAGUUCGCGCAGCAAGUGGUCAAGCAGGAAGAGCGCCUAGAUGUCCUGAUUAACAACGCCGGCAUUUUGGCCCCAUUGGGAAGAAGGGAGACGGAAGAUGGAUUUGAAGUUACAUUCCAGUCCAAUUACUUGGGUCAUUUCUUGCUGACCAAUCUCCUUCUCGGUCUCCUCAAGAAAAGCUCGCCCUGCCGUAUCAUCAACGUAGGCUCCAUUGCUCAUUGGAUGGGAACGUUUGAUGCUGACGUCGACUUCCAGAAGUACAGUCAAAACCGCGUAUACAGCAGCACAAAGCUGUACAUGACGCUGUUCACAAUGGAACUGGCACGAAGACUCGCUGGAACUGGUAAGAAUACAAAAACACUCACCAAAGGCAUUUAUUUUGCAUGCUUGACUCUAUAGACCAGAUUGUUCCUAGCGUCGUAGCACAAGCGUCUGCGGCGCCGCUAUCUUGACAGCAGGUGCUGCCUUUUGAUCAGGACUGCUGGAGAGAGCGGAAAACACCUGCAGUUGCGGUGCGUGUUCACAUAUUGCUGUGUUUUUAUACGUGCUCUUGUCGCAUCUGCUGAGCGCGAUGCACAUAGGUUAUUUGUGGGGGCGGCACUGUGCCGUCGUUGACACAACCAACAUGCCGCGAAGAGGGAAGCUGCUCAUCCAAGAAUCCCGCGAGCGACGUUUACGGAGACACGCGAAGCUUUUUUUUUUUUUCGGUGGGUUAUAUUCGCAGCGCAAGGUUCGUGCGGCACCUGAGAAACGACACUAUAUGAUAAUGACUUUAAAUGGACACUAAAGACAAAUACUAAGUCGACGCAGACUGUUUAAAUAGCAUUCUAGAAACCUCUCAAUGCUGGUUUUUUGCCAAGAAAAUACUUAGUUUACGAGAAAAUUGCAUCUAAAGGGUACGAAUAGCUUUUUUUUUUCGAAAUUCAAAUCUCCCGCUGCCCAAUCGGGGGAGUGGUGACGUUGCAUAAACCACCACAGUCAUUUCCUGCCGUCGGUGAGUAAACCAGCGCCCGACAGACGCCGGUAGCUGUACCGAGCCAAGACAGAGCGGUGGAUUCGCCGUUGUAGUUUUUUUUUUUAUCAAGUGGCGUAGACCAUUCGGGCAUCCAGUGACAUCACACAGAGGUUGAAUUCUCUGCUUCUUGCAGUUUGUGCGAGUUUCGUGAACCAGCAAAACCAGUGCAGCACUCUGCGAUAACGUAACAACUGAAAUGCUAAAGCGUGGGCCGUGCAGAGUCGAGCGAAAACGAAACCUUUCGGUCGCGCCCAUUAAUCAGUUGUUCUUUUGUGAAAAUGAAAUGUAACUGGACAGGUAUAAUUUUAUUUCAUAUUAUAGUACAAUACAUAUAUGUUUUCUUCAACCGACAGUUGAGCGCUAGUCACAUAAUUCAACUGAGGAGUGUUUUCGUAAUCAGGCAUAUGCUUGAAUGUCCCGGGGGAUUUCCUAAUAAAGUCCCGCAUUUACCUCAAUUUCUCGAAUAUUAAGGCUCUGUUGGCGAUUAUAUUGCCUGCUUAGAGAUCGUAACAGACAAAGGCGGGCUAGUUGAUGGCCCAUAUUAGAAUGCAUAAUGCACCAGCGAAAACGACAAUGGGCAUGCUUGUCCAGUGUGCUUUCUUCUUUGUCCGUUGUCGU